AUGGCAGAUGAGACUCUUACAAAUGAGGAAAUACAAGUGACAAAGCUAUCUGAGGAAGCUCAGGGCAAUGGGGUUCCGAUUAAGAUAUUAGAAGAAGAUACUGCUGAAGAAACAAAGAAAGAUGAGGAAACAACCCUUGAUGGGGAGUUCAUAAAGGUGGAUAAAGAGUCCCUCGACGUGAAAGACCAUUCUAACGCCGAGGAAAAACCGUCUGCGGUCGAGCACGCAAAUACGGACCCCGAACCCACGCGGGAGCUGCUGGAAUCACAGGAAAAAAUCAAGGAGCUCGAAAGUGAACUGCAACGACUUUCUCACUCGGCAAAGGAGGCUGAGUCCGAGAACACCCACCUGAAGGACGAACUCCAGCAGACCAAAGAGAAGCUCCUAGAAUCCGAAAAGAAGCACGAGGAGCUCGAGGUCAGCCACAAUGACCUGCUCGAAAAAUUCACGGAUGCUGAAAACAGGUACAGUGAUCAGCUCAAGACUCUUCAGCAGUCGUUACAAGCUCAUGAAGUGAAGCACAAGGAGUUGGCUGAUGUGAAAGAGUCCUUUGACCGUUUGACCCUCGAGCUCGAGACCUCUAGCAAGAAGAUUCAAGCGCUGGAGCUUGAAUUGCAAAAUUCAUCUGAAGAAGCCCAGAAAUACGAGGAGCUGCACAAGCAAAGCGGUUUAAAUGCUGAGGCUGAAACAAAAAAGGUUUUGGAAUUCGAAAAUUUGCUUCAGGCGGCAAAAUCUAGCACCAAAGAUAUGGAAGAACAAAUGGUUUUGCUAAAGGAUGAGCUCAAAAGCUUGUACGACAAAAUAGCCCAGAAUGAGAAGGUCGAGGAGGCGUUGAAAAACGCUUCUGCAGAGCUUGCUAGUGCUCGUGCCGAGUUGGAAGGGUCGAAAUAUCAUGCAGAGGAAGUCGAGCAGAGGCUGGCUUCGAAAGAGACGCUUAUAAGCGAGUUGACCCAAGAAUUGGAAGUCAUGAAAGUUGCCGAGUCAAAGUCCAGAGACGAUGUUGCAUCACUCGAGAAUCUGGUAGAGGACAUAAAGGCCAAGCUUAAGGAGGGACUCGAUGCAAAGGAAAGAGUUGAAGAGUUACUGAAAAACGAAGAAAAUAAAACUAAAAUCGCACAGGAAGAUUUGGAAAAAGUUGUUACAGAAAAAUUGGACCUGGAAAAUGCCGUGUCUGAUUUAACGAACAAAACCAUCCAAAUGAAAGAGCUUUGCGACGAGCUGGAAGCCAAGCUAGGCCAGUCCGAAAUUUUAUCAGAAAAGGUUUCCCAACUCACUGAAGAUCUCAGGAAGGAGGUUGAUGAGAAGCUAAAUCUAGAAGCCAACUUGCAAGAGUCCCUGUCCAAGUUAUCUGAGAGGGAUUCUGAGGUGGUUGAAUUGAAGGCCCGAUGUGCCGAGCUUGUGGUAGACCUGAAGAAUGCGAGUGACAAUUGGGCCGAGCAUGAGGGACGGGCCAACACGAUUCAUCAACGUAGCCUGGAGCUUGAGGGCUUAAUUCAGGCAUCUGAUUCCAAAGCCGUUGAUGCGGAGAAAAAGGUUGGGGAGCUGGAAUUACUUCUCGAGACCGAAAAAAACAGGACUAAAGAGCUCGAGGAACAAAUAAUAUUGCUAGAGAAAAAUCGAGAGAAUUUGGAGGCGGAUUUUGCGAAAACCAGUCACAAGGCUUCUGAACUUGAGGCUGAGCUCGAGGCAGUCAAAUCAAAAGCGUCGAGUUUGGAGGAUGCUUUGCAAGCUUCGUCGGAAAAGGAAAAGGAACUUGAAGGAAUCUUGAAUGCAGCUACUGAGGAGAAUAAUAGUCUAAAGGCAAUAUCAAGGACCUCGGAUGAGAGGCUAUCUGCAUUGCAAAAUGAAUACAAUGUUGCACUGGAGAGGUUGGGGAACACUGAGAAUGAGCUUGAGGUUAGUAGGCAAAACGAAAACCUACUUAAGGAUAGUCUGGAUAAAGCCGAGAAGUCCUCUGAACAGUUGAGCAUAGAGAUUGCUGAACUAAAAUUGGCAAAAGAAUCACUUGAGUCAGUGCACGAAUCACGAACAUUGGAAGUGAAUGAGAACGCCUUGAAAGUGGAGUCCUUGGAAAGGCAAGUCAAAAGUUAUGAAGCCCAACUUGCAGAAGCUAAUGAAAGAUAUGAAGAUGUGAUUAAAGAGCUCAAUGAGAUUCUGGAGAAGCUAGCCUCGUCUGAGGGAAAUAACGAGGAACUAAAGAGACAAAUAUCGGAGGUGGAAGGUAAAGCCGACGUGUUAUCCACAGAAAAUGCAAACUUAUCUGAAAAAGUUAAGGAUCUCGACGAAAAGCUGAAAGCUGCAACUUCUGAGAUGGAAGUCUCGGCAGGGCAGCUUGCUUCUCACAUGAACACCAUCAGUGAACUAACUCAGGAGCACUCGAGAGUCUCGGAGCUUCAUUCGGUGGCUGAAGCCCGAAUUUCAGAAGCCGAAGCUCAGUUGGAGGAAGCUAUUCAGAAAUCUAGCCUGAAAGAUUUGGAAGCUAAGGACUUGUAUGAAAAGUUGAAGGCAUUUGAAGCACAGGUGAGUGUGUAUGAAGAACAGGCUAGGGAAGCAUCCGCUGUUGCAAAAAGCCGUGAAUUAGAGAUUGAGCAAGUUUUGUUGAAAUCGAAAGAAUUGGAGAGUGAGUUAGAGAGCAAGUGUGGCCAGUUGAAGAAGGAGAAUGAAGUUCUUGUUGAAGCAAACUCGAAACUCACCGAGGAAUUGGGUACGUUUAAGUCUGAGAUAAGCCGCUUACAAGCAAAUUUGUCCGCUGCUUCGUCUGAGAAAGAACAUGCAGUUGAGGAAUUGAAUGUUGCAAGAAAAGAAAUAGAAGAGCUAACGCAGAAGCUUGCUUCUGAAGGCCAAAAACUACAGUCUCAAAUAUCAUCUGUAAUGGAAGAAAACAAUUUGCUCAAUGAGACAUUCCAAAGUUCCAAGAAUGAUCUCCAAGCUAUGAUAAUGAAUCUUGAAGAGCAGUUGAAACAACAAAAGUCACAUGAAGAUGCUCUGAAAUCUAAGCUGGAAAUCUUGAAUUCUGAUGUUGCUCAGAAAGCUGAGUUGGAGAAUCAUCUGAAGGAGAUCAAAGAACAGUUGGCAACCGCAGAAGCUCGUUUGAAAGAAGAGAAGGAACUGAGCUCCCAAAAGGACCUGGAACGAGAAGCAGCUUUAAAGCAUUUAGCUGAAGAGUUCGAUACAAAGCUAAACACUAAGGAAAAAGAAAUGGAUCUUUUAGAAAACAAACUGAAAGAUUUUGAGCAAAAGUUGAAAGAUGUUGAGCAGAAGUGGCAGCUUGCUGAUGCUAAAUUCAAAGAAAAGGAUAUUAGAGGAGCUCCCUCAGAACAAAAGGAUGAAAAUAUAAAAUCUCGGGAGAUCGAUUUAUCUUCUUCAGCUCCUAUCAAAAGAAAGAGCAAGAAAAAGACAGAGACAACUUCAGGUCAAGCACUAUCCUCAGCUACACAGGUUCACACUGCUGAGGAAUCUUCAUCUAUGAACUUCAAGUUCAUUCUAGGCGUGGCACUUGUUUCCAUUGUCAUUGGUGUUAUUCUUGGAAAAAGGUACUGA